UUUGCUUUCGUUUCGUUUUUUAUUAGCUCUUCGUGCCGGCAGUAUUUUGUUGUGUAUCAUUCAUUUCAAAUUUCUAAUUAUAAAGUUUGAAUAGCAUUUACUUAGUUGAGGAUGUUUUGAGAGUUGUCAUUUUUGUUAUUAUCUAUUUCAUGCGGUUAUAAGUAUUGAAAGUAAUCAAAAAACGCAGCGUACCGUUGGGAUGGCGAGUGACAAACGUACAGUUUACGUUGGUGGCCUCUCGGAUGAGGUUACUGAGAAGCUAAUAAACGACGCCUUCAUUCCGUUUGGAGAUCUGGUAGACAUACAGAUGCCUGUGGACUACGAAUCGCAAAAACAUCGAGGUUUCGCGUUCAUUGAGUUUGAAAGUGCCGAAGAUGCGGCUGCAGCUGUAGACAACAUGAACGAUUCCGAAUUGUGCGGACGGACGAUUCGCGUGAAUGUCGCGAAACCACAACGCAUUAAAGAAGGCAGCAACAAACCGGUUUGGGCUGAGGACUCUUGGUUGCAGCAGCAUGCUGGUGCUACGCUUAACAAUCAGAACGAGGGCGAGGACAAUGAAACACUAAACGACGUCCAGCCAAAGGAACCGAAAGCACCGGAGGAGAAAAAACGUAAUCCACAGGUGUACUUUGAUAUUCGAAUAGGUACCAAUGAUGUGGGUAGAGUGAUCAUGUCCCUUCGGGCAGAUAUUGUUCCGAAGACGGCAGAAAAUUUUCGUGCUCUGUGCACUGGAGAGCAGGGUUUUGGAUACAAGGGUUCCACGUUUCAUCGCAUUAUUCCAGAGUUUAUGUGCCAAGGAGGAGAUUUUACCGCGAACAACGGAACGGGUGGAAAAUCCAUUUACGGAAAAAAGUUUGCCGAUGAAAACUUCAUUCUUAAACACACGGGUUUCGGCGUUCUUUCGAUGGCGAAUUCCGGCCCUAACACUAACGGCUCGCAAUUCUUCAUCUGCACUGAAAAAACUGAUUGGUUGGACGGAAAACACGUCGUGUUUGGGAAUGUAAUCAGUGGAGCCGACGUGGUGCGAAAAAUGGAACGUUGCGGUUCUAAGGCUGGCAAAGUGAGUCAGAAAGUAAUGAUCGUGGCCUGCGGGGAAUUGAAGGGAUAAAAAGAAUAAAUUUAAAUCAAUUUUUUACGUUUACGUUAAAUCAA